AUGAUUCCUUCUAAAAACCUCUUCAGACAGCAGUUUUGUGGUAGUUAUUUUCAGGGUUUCGGUCUUGUGAGCCCAUCAGAUGGUUUUGAUUAUUGUAGUGGAAAUUGCUUAUUAGGAUCUGAUCACCAGGUAGAUCCAAUGGCGGAAGAUGAAUCAAGAACUGGGAGUACUGUAAAUGAAACAGCAGGCUCCAGUUUAAAAGAUGUUCAAGAAGAUAAAGAUGAAGGGUGGCUUCAAUUGAGUAUUGGUGGCCGCCACACAGUAAGCAGUAAUAAGAAGCAAGAACAGGUGGAUCAAAAAAGAAGAUUAAUCGAGCUUGAUCUUCUACCAAGUAGUAAUUAUAAUUCUGAUUCACAAGUGAUGAGAACAUUAGGCCCUAUGCUUAACAUGACGGAACAUUCAGCUCCUCAGCCUACAGUUAUGAAUUUGGCUGCCGGUUCCGGCUAUAACCUCCCAAUUCUCUGGCAACAUCCAACCGGAACUAGUUCUAAUUUUCCUCGUCAAGAGAUUAACAAGACGUUUAGGCCUACUCCAGUUAAUAUAGCAACAUCUUCGUCGUCAAUGCCUCCCCUUCCAUUUCAAAUCCAUGACGGAAUGGAUACCUCCGGGCCAGGUCUAGAGUUCAGAGUCAUUCGUCCUCCUCGGAGACCACAUUCCGGCAUAUGGUUUAUGCUUCAAGCAUCACAAAAUCAAGCAAAAGAACCAUUUCUGCCUCAGAUAUCCAGGAGCUAUCUAAGAAUCAAGGAUGGAAGUAUGACGAUUCAAUUCGUAAUCAAGUAUCUGGUUAACAAGCUUAGACUCGAAAGCGAAUCAGAGAUAGAGAUAAGAUGUAGAAGACAAAAGCUUCAACCUUUCUUGACGUUGCAGCAUGUAAGGGACAGCAUAUGGAGACCAAUGGAGAUGGUAACUUUGCUUCCAGAUUCCUCAACUACUGAUCAUAUAAUGGUUCUACACUAUGGAAGAACGAGUGCUUAA